AUGUGGCUUAAAGUCGGCGCAAUUCAGGAUGGCCAGGAUGAGAAGAUGGAGGAGAAGCACCAGCAGGAGACGGCUGACAGGCCCGACUUGCCGGUUUCGCCCUUGCAAGACUCCACGGAACCACGGGCAACGCCGGAGGAAACGGAGGACAUCGAGGAUUUGAGCCAGGCAAAGUACAAGCAUCCGCACGCGGUCCGUAAGUUUGAUGCCCUCCAUAAUAGUCAGAUCCUUGGUGUUGUCAUAUUCCGUAUUCCCUUCUGCUUCGUCAUGGAAGACUCUGCGGGGGCUUAUCCCGUGGGUCUGGCCGCGUGUGUGCCCCCUGAUGAGAGGGCAACCUCGGCUGGCGGCCCGAGCUCCGGUGACUCAAGCUCCGGCGGCCGAAGCUCUGGGAGCAUGCCGGACAAGCUGGAGUCAUUUCUCGAGGAUGUCACGGCCACGCUGGUGGAGUAUGUGAUGGGCGGACCCGACUCGAAGAAGCCAGUAGUGAAGCUGAAAAGCCCUGCUGAGCUGGACGGUGCCUUCUCCAGCGUGGGGGUGUCACUGGAGCUUGGGGAUGGUGACGCCCCGACUCCUCUCGCUGCUCUGCACCGCGCACUCGAGGUGACGCUCGACCUCUCUGUGCGCACGCACCACCCUCUCUUCCUCAACCAGCUCUACUCCCAGGCUGACCCAGUUGCCAUUGCGGCGGACUGGUCUGUUGUGGCUGCCAACACGAACGUCCACACCUUUGAGGUGGCGCCUGUCUUCACAGUCGUGGAGCGGCACGUGCUGGACAAGAUGGCGCGCUGUGUCGGUGGGAGCUUUGCGAGGGCCCAUGAAGGCCUCUUCGUCCCGGGUGGCAGCAUUGCGAACAUCUACAGCAUGCACCUGGCACGCGCACGCGCGGUCCCCAACAUCAACAAGACUGGGCUGGCCGGCGGACCUCGCCUGGUGGCCUUCACCUCUGCACAAGCGCACUACAGCUACAAGAAAGCAGCCAGCUUGAUCGGCCUUGGUUACGACAACCUCGUGGCUGUGGAGUGCGACGAGUGCGGGGCAAUGGUGCCUGAGGCACUGGCUAGGGCCGUGCAGGAAGCCCUAGCCGCGGGUGCGCUGCCAUUUUUUGUAGGCGCCACCGCGGGCACCACUGUCACCGGGGCGUUUGACCCCUUUGAUGCCAUUGCAGAUGUGGCUGCGCGCCAUGGCAUGUGGAUGCACAUCGAUGGGUCCUGGGGCGCUGCGGCGCUGCUGUCGUCCGACCCUACGGUGCAGGCUCUCAUGGCGGGUGCAGGCCGGGCCGACUCCCUGACCUGGAAUGCGCACAAGCUCAUGGGCGCGCCCCAGCAGUGCAGUACGUUUUUGGUUUCUGGCCCGCCUGGGCAGCUGGCAGCCUGCAAUGGCACCUCGGCCGCCUACCUGUUUCAGCCGGACAAGCUCUACGCCGAGUACGAUCUCGGGGACAAGACCAUCCAGUGCGGCCGUAGGGCGGAUGCGUUCAAGCUGUGGCUGGCGUGGAGGGCACUGGGGGACGAGGGUUGGGCAGCGCGUGUGGACCACUGCCUUGCAUUAGCAAAGCACUUUGAGAACAAGGUGCGCAGCUCGUGCGGGAAGUUUGUCAUGGCAAAGCCUCGGACGUACACCAAUGUGUGCUUCUGGUACGUGCCGUCCGCAAUGCGUCCCUGGGACCCAGCCACCGCCGACGAGCAGGCGCGCAGCAAGAUGGCAAGGGUGGCAGUGGGCAUUAAGGCGGAGAUGCAGAGGCGUGGGCUCGCCAUGAUUGGCUUUCAGCCGCUGGGCAACCUGCCCAACUUCUUCCGCAUCGUUUUCCCAAGCUGCAUCAACACAACCAUGGCUGACGUGGAGCAGCUGCUGGCAGUGAUGGAGGAGAUCGGCGAGGGGCUGGAAGUGUGA